AUGGAGCACGAAACGCAGCAACAAUGGCGGGCCUACCAGAAGCAGCUUCAUGAUGGGGACUUCGAGCGGAUCAUGUGCACCUUCAUGGCCCGGGACUACUGGAUCAAGCUCGACCACUUUUACCAUAACCGGUACGCCGAGGCCGUCCCUGACGUCACCUCAGCAAAGGAAUGCGCCGAAUGGUGCGAAAGGAUUUGGCUCGCCCGGUCCUACCUACGGAACGGCAACGACAAAGAAACGUACCGGAAAAGGCUAGGGUCCCCCACCAACAUCAACGAAACCCGGAAACUCCCUCGCACGACAGAGGAAUCGUAUUCCGGACCUCGCCAUGACAAAGCCCGGAUCCAACGCCGGGAGCUCAGGGAACCACCCCCUAGGGACCCCCCUAGUACCGACAGGCCUCCACCAACCACCGGGUCUAACAACCAGGCGCUACCUCGCGCUAGAGAACCUGUCACAUGCUACAACUGUGGCCCGGACGCCCGGAUCCAGACUGUCGGGAUCGAGGAUGGCGGCAACCCCGGUGACCCGUACCUCGGCCCCUCCGACUCGGAAGACGACUCGGAAAACGAGGAACGGUAGACGAUGACCCCGAAGGAGCAUACCCGCCACAUCCUAGAGGUACUCGACCGCCUCGAGCAAGCCCAGCUCUUC